CGCCGCGGCGAGGUUAGUCGCCGUAAGGUAGCGCGUCGCCAUCGGUGUUACCCACACCCUCCGGUGCGUUCCACCCCUACCAACCACGUCCCCGCACUCGCCUUUCUCACAUUCUUCAUCACCGGCGAUCCUCGCUUGCGCAAUCCAGUUCAAAACCGAAAGCCAGAACUAAGCCAGCAGGGCUCCGGGCAGGCGCGCUCGCGCUCCUUACACGCACCGCAAACGACACCUGCACUCCCGCAACAUGACCGCCACAAUAGCUCUAUGUUUGUUUUUCUGCACCUUUUACGGAGUAUACGGCGAAGUAGAUAUUAUCACAGAGCCGCGAGCGGGACAAGAAUAUGUGCUAGUUAGUUCAGGACAACAAACUCCGCUUAGACACUUUGAGACGUCGCAUAAAAUUCCAGACAAACAUCCACUUCAUCGCAUUCUUAAGCCUGAAGAUGGGAGUGAAAAAAUUAUCAAAAAAAUAUUCAGUGGGAAAGUCAAACAUCCAACUGAGGGUAUAGUUGCCAUUGAAGAGGAUAAAAGAUCCUUUUUGAAAAAAGGGAUAAAAAAUAAAGAAUCUAUAGAAAUUGAUAUUCCAGUUUCAAAAAUAGAAGACAUUAAAAUCAAGGAAGGUACUGAACAGAAGGAAACUAAUCCAAAUAUCGAUGUUGCACUUGAAGCAAUGUCAGAGUCUGGAAAAUUAAACAAUUCUCCUGGUACAACUACUCAGAAACCAGUGUUGACCACUGCUGCUCCUACUACAACUAAAGCUUAUGAUUAUAUACCUAUUAAUUUUGACUCUAUUGACGAUAUCAAUAGUGGACUUUUAACAUCUAAUGUGCAGUUGGAAACAGCAGGAUCAGAACAAAAUUCACGAAUUCAAAUUAAAAAGGCACCCAAUGGCCAGGAUUAUGAAUAUGAAUAUGUUUACUACUAUUACGAUGAAGAUGAAAAUGGCAAAAAAGAAAAAGAAGGCAAAGAUAAAUUGACAACCACUACAACAGCAGCACCAUUAGUUCAUAAUUCACAUGACGGACCACAAAAGGUCGAAUCAGAUAAUCACAUAGCCAAAGAAAGUAGGAACAAGAAUAAAUACAGUAGUAUUGACAGAUCUGGACCUACCACUGCUGCUACAUCAGAGUUAAAUGAGAUACUCCCUGUCACAAGUAGAGGACGCCAACGCGGUCGAACUAUUGCACCACCACCUGUUGAAGAAGAUGUAGAAGAAGAUAGGUUACCAUCUAGUACACGUUUCCCACCUCGCGGUCGUUUCUUAACCGCCAGUACUGCUAGUAGUACACAAGAAACAUCUUCAGAAACUGUGAAACCGCGUGUCCACACUCAGAGCGACAACGUAGCUGACGAAUCCAUCGGACAAACUCGCAGUAGAACACGGGCUCAUAUUAGACGUCCUAGUUCAGAGCUCGUCGAUUUAGAUAGUUUUAAGACUGGAGAUAUACCGUCCCACAGAGAACAACCAAGUAGAUAUUCUUCAGAAUCAAAGACCACCACAGAAAUUCCUGAAGUUUCACCAACUGCCAAAGAACUGUCUAAUGCCAAAGAUAAUGCACGUGAGGGUCACAGUUUAUCUGGAGGAAUAAAAUUCCAGGAAAUAACAGAUGACACCAAAUUACCUGAGGGUUACAAACAAACGACAACUUACGAGCAGGAUACUACCGAAUACACAACAAUGACGGCUAUGGAGAAGGUAGCUCUGGAUCUGUACGCCUAUUUAGCUGGGGAAAAUUUAAACAACGAGAUAAACCCAACGAACGAUUUAUUAAACUUUGAUGGAACAACCACGGUUGAUGACGAAGUAUGGACUACUGAGGGUCUGAGCACCACAGAAGAAGCGACGACACCGACUACAACUACAACUACUACAACUACAACGACCACAACAACCACAACUACACCAGCGCCCACUACAACAUCCGCACCCACUCGACCUUCAAGAUUCAAGGGACGAGCGGGAGCCAGGGCUAAAGUCUCCUCCACUGUGGCAGCUACAGAGGCACCACAAGAAACAUCAACGAGAGCACGAGGUCGGUUCAGCAAACCAGGUGCCCGCAGAACCACGGCCGCCACAGAAGCCCCGGCUGCAAUCUCCGAGCCAGCUGAAAAGGCGGUCACUCAACCCAAGGCAUUUGGACGUAGAGGACUGUUUGGCGGUCGCACACGUCCAACUUCCACUACAGCUGCGCCUGUACAAGACGAUGCAGCAAUCAGCUCCGGUGCAGCCAGCGAAGCUCCUUCACCGAUCAGACCCCGUCUUCGGCCUGGUUUAAGAAGACCGUUAACAACUACAACCACAGCUGCUCCCGUGGGAGAUGACGAUGGUUCAUCUAAUUCAGCAUCUGGAGAAACCCCUGAGACUACUCCAGCACCAGUCAGACCCAAUCGGGCCCGUCCUGGUUUGAGGCCAGCGUCGCUACGGCCAGGUGCCAGGCUGAAUAUUCGAGCGAACCCUCGACUUAGAACAGGAGCGGCCACAGUUUCCACUGAAGCUCCUGCAGAGGCUGGAGCAGAAACAUCUGCACCUGAGGCUGCAGUCACCGAUGCUGAUGCAGAGGGUUCAUCACCUACUCCAGUGCCUGAUCAUCCUCGCGGUGGUGUAAGACUACGCAACCGGCUGCAGGUUGCUCCAUCACCCAAACCUCGUGUAACAGCAACGCCACCUCCUCGGCGACCUAAUCCUUUGAUUAAGAGAAAGUUAGCCACCACAGAGGCAACUACAGAAGCAGCUAGGAAAUCAUCAAUAGAGACUACUGAAGAUAGCACGAGCGACGAGAAAAGUGAGACAGAAACUGAACCGCAACCCGUGGACACAACCCCCGCGCCCCCACUGAGGGGCCUGGACGCUUUGUUUGCGAAGCGUCGGGCAGCAGGGGGGAUUGGGGGUCGGCCUGCCAGACCCGCCCGAGGGGUUAAUCCAAAAUAAAUUAAAAUCACAAUAUGUACUGGUUAGAACUGAAUGACUAUUGAUUUAUACUGAUAAUGUCGUUGUACAAUGAGUUUAAAACAAAAAAAUACUAAUAAUGUAUUUGUUACAAAAUAUUUUGUGUUUACAAUAUAUAUUACGAUCUGACAUAUGAAAUAUUUAAUACGUCUAAGAACUAUAUGAAAAGAUUAUUUAUUUUAAUUGUGUUAGCAAAGUCAUGUAUUUAUCUAUACAUAUAAAUAAAAUUGGAGUGUCCGUUUGUAAUAUUGAAAUAACCGUUUUUUACUACAUGCA